CUGAUCCUGGUGGCAUGUAGUGCCUGCAGGCAAUGGGCAUUUCCUCACUCCCUGGAGCAGAGGUGUGCUGUAUGCAGCUGAGCAUAAGGGGCUGACUGGGACUCUGACCUCGCCUGACUCCUUUGACAUUGACUUCCCCUAUAAAAUGGGAAUUCUUAUUGCAAUUCUGGGGGUCUGGUUCAGCUGCUCAUUUGUAAAAGGAGAUUCUAAGGCUGUGACAACAUCUCUAACUACAAAGUGGUCUUCAACUCCUCUGCUCCUUGAGACAAGUGAAUUUCUGUCAGAAGAAAGCCAAGAAAAGUUCUGGAAUUUCAUUGAAGCCAGUCAGCACAUCAGGACAUCUGAACAUGAUGGCAGUGAUUAUUCUGCUUACCAUGAAAUUCUGAAGGUAGCCUCCCAGAGCUUGUCACCUUUACAGCAGAAUUUGUUGAAGUUUUCUUUGUCCUUACGUUCUUACUCUGCAACAGUUCAAGCUUUUCAGCAGAUAGCAGCAGAUGAGCCUCCACCGAAGGGUUGUCCCCUAUUUUUUGCUGUGCAUGGGGAGAAGACAUGUGAAUACGACUCUCUUGGAACACUUCUGAAGACUGCUUCAGAAAGAUCAAAGCCCUUUUUGUUCAAAGGGGACCACACGUACCCAGCAUCCAACCCCGAGCGUCCUGUUGUCAUACUGUAUGCUGAGAUUGGCACAGAGGAUUUCUACAGGUUCCAUAAGCUGCUUGUUAUAAAGGCUGAGGCAGGAGAAAUCACUUAUGUCCUCAGACACUAUAUUGCUAAUCCCAGUAAGGAAAAAGUCUACCUCUCUGGCUAUGGUGUGGAACUGGCUAUUAAAAGUACUGAAUAUAAGGCCAAGGAUGAUACACAGGUGAAAGGCACUGAUGUGAAUGCUACAGUAAUAGAUGAAGAUGACCCUAUUGAUGAGGUGCAAGGAUUUCUUUUUGGGAAAUUAAGGCAGUUGUAUCCUGACUUGACUGAAGAGCUGAAAGAGCUUAGAAAACACCUCGUGGAAAGUACCAAUGAGAUGGCACCCUUGAAAGUAUGGCAGUUACAAGAUUUAAGUUUUCAAACUGCUGCACGUAUUUUGGCUGCUCCUCCUGUGGAUGCUUUGAUGGUCAUGAAAGAUCUGAGUCAGAACUUCCCUACAAAGGCCAGAGCCAUAACAAAAACAGUUGUUUCCAUGGAACUCAGAACAGAAAUUGAAGAGAACCAAAAGUAUUUCAAAGGAACGUUAGGAUUACAGCCAGGGGAUUCUGCUCUCUUCAUCAAUGGACUACAUAUUGAUUUAGACACUCAGGACAUAUUUAGCUUGUUUGAUGUGCUACGCAAUGAAGCUCGUGUUAUGGAAGGUCUGCACAGCUUGGGGAUUGAAGGACUUUCCUUGCACAAUGUUCUGAAAUUGAACAUCCAGCCAUCAGAUUCAGACUAUGCAGUGGACAUCAGAAGCCCUGCUAUUUCGUGGAUCAACAAUCUGGAAGUUGACAGCAGGUAUAAUUCCUGGCCUUCCAGUGUGCAGGAACUGCUGCGUCCCACAUUCCCAGGGGUGAUCAGACAGAUCAGAAAGAACUUCCAUAACUUGGUGCUGAUAGUAGAUCCUACUCAUGAGACCACAGCAGAAUUAUUGAAUGUGGCAGAGAUGUUCUUCAGUAACCACAUCCCACUGAGGAUAGGACUAGUCUUUGUGGUUAAUGACUGUGAUGAUGUUGAUGGACUUCAGGAUCCUGGCGUUGCCCUUCUUAGGGUGUACAAUUAUGUGGCACAAGAAAUGGACAAUAAUUAUGCUUUCCAGACAGUCAUGUCUAUAUAUAACAAAGUAAAAACAGGAGAUCAGCUGAAGGUGGAGCACGUGGUUAGUGUUCUUGAGAAACAGUAUCCUUAUGUGGAAGUGAACAGUGUUCUGGGAAUUGAUUCUGCCUAUGAUCAAAACAGAAAGGCAGCAAAAAGUUACUACGAGCAGACGGGUGUAGGCCCUCUCCCUGUGGUGCUGUUCAAUGGGAUGCCUUUUCAAAAGGACCAGCUGGAUCCUGAUGAUCUGGAAAUGGUGACAAUGCACAAAAUCCUGGAAACCACAAGCAUCUUCCAGCGAGCUGUGUACCUGGGUGAACUAUCUAAUGACCAAGAUGUGGUUGAGUAUAUCAUGAACCAGCCUAAUGUUGUUCCAAGAAUUAACUCAAGGAUCUUAAUGGCAGACAGAGAGUACCUAGAUCUGACAGCGAUGAAUAACUUUUAUGUGGAUGACUUUGCUAGAUUCAGCACGUUGGAUUCCAAAGAUAAGACAGCUGCUGUGGCAAACAGCAUGACCUACUUAACAAAGAGAGGAAUGUCUUCCAAGGAGAUCUAUGAUGAUUCUUUUGUUAGACCAGUGACUUUUUGGAUUGUUGGUGAUUUUGAUAAACCUUCAGGGAGGCAGUUGUUGUAUGAUGCCAUUAAACAUCAGAAAUCCAGCAAUAACGUUCGAAUUAGCAUGAUUAAUAAUCCUAGUGAGGAGCCAAACAGCAGCAACACCGUUGUCGCUAAGGCCAUAUGGGCAGCUCUGCAGACACAAACAUCAAAUAAUGCCAAGAAUUUCAUCACCAAAAUGGCAAAAGAAGAAAUUGCAAAGGCACUGGAGGCAGGAGCUGACAUCUUAGAAUUUGCAGUUGGGGGUAUGGAUACCAAUAUUUUUAAGGAAGCCUUUGAAUCUCCCAAAGUGGAUUUCAUUCUGUCCCAUGCUAUAUAUUGCAGAGAUGUACUCAAGCUGAAGAAGGGACAGAGGGCUGUGAUCAGCAACGGAAGGAUAAUUGGCCCGUUAGAGGAUGGCGAGAUGUUCAAUCAGGAUGACUUCCACCUCCUUGAGAAUAUCAUCCUAAAGACAUCAGGACAGAAAAUCAAAUCUCAGAUUCAGCAGCUGGGAUUUGAAGAAGAUCUUGCUAGUGACUUGGUAAUGAAAGUGGAUGCUCUUCUUUCUGCUCAACCAAAAGGAGAGGCAAGAAUUGAAUAUCAGUUUUUUGAAGAACGAUACAGUGCAAUUAAACUAAGACCAAAAGAGGGAGAGACAUAUUUUGAUGUUGUGGCCAUUGUUGAUCCUGUUACCAGAGAUGCUCAAAGACUUGCUCCAUUACUUUUGGUUUUGAACCAACUGAUAAACAUGAACCUAAGGGUGUUUAUGAACUGCCAGUCAAAACUUUCUGACAUGCCUCUAAAAAGCUUUUAUCGCUACGUUUUGGAGCCGGAAAUUUCUUUCACAGCAGAUAACAGCUUUGCUUCUGGACCAAUUGCCAAGUUUUUGGAUAUGCCUCAGUCUCCACUAUUCACUUUGAACCUAAAUACUCCUGAGAGCUGGAUGGUGGAAUCUGUCAGGACCCCAUAUGACCUUGAUAAUAUUUACUUAGAGGAGGUGGAUAACGUUGUUGCUGCUGAAUAUGAGUUGGAGUAUCUGCUUCUGGAAGGACACUGCUAUGAUAUCACCACUGGGCAGCCACCUCGGGGCCUCCAGUUUACCCUGGGAACCUCAACCAAUCCUGUCAUCGUGGAUACCAUUGUUAUGGCCAACUUGGGUUACUUCCAGUUAAAGGCCAAUCCUGGUGCGUGGACUCUAAGGCUCAGGAAGGGCAGAUCUGAAGAUAUCUACAGGAUCUACAGCCACGAUGGCACAGACUCUCCACCUGAAGCUGAUGAAGUUAUUGUCGUUCUCAACAACUUCAAAAGCAAAAUUAUUAAAGUGAAGGUUCAGAAAAAACUAGACAUGAUGAAUGAAGAUCUACUGAGUGAUGGCACCAAUGAGAACGAAUCUGGAUUUUGGGAAUCUCUCAAAUGGGGAUUCACAGGAGGACAAAAGAAUGAAGAUGUGAAGCAGGACAAAGAUGAUGUAUUAAAUAUAUUCUCUGUGGCUUCAGGACAUUUAUACGAAAGAUUCCUACGCAUAAUGAUGUUGUCUGUGCUGAAACACACCAAGACUCCCUUAAAGUUUUGGUUUCUGAAGAACUACUUGUCACCUAUGUUCAAGGAGUUCAUCCCAUAUAUGGCUAAGAAGUACAACUUCCAGUACGAGCUUGUCCAGUACAAAUGGCCACGCUGGCUUCACCAGCAAACAGAGAAACAGCGAAUCAUCUGGGGUUACAAGAUCCUCUUUCUGGACGUGCUCUUCCCGUUAGCUGUUGAUAAAAUCUUAUUUGUGGAUGCUGAUCAGAUUGUGCGCACAGAUCUAAAGGAAUUAAGGGAUUUCAAUCUAGAUGGUGCUCCUUAUGGAUACACUCCGUUCUGUGACAGUAGAAGAGAGAUGGAUGGCUACAGGUUCUGGAAGUCGGGAUACUGGGCAAGUCACUUAGCUGGAAGAAAAUACCACAUCAGUGCUCUGUAUGUUGUGGAUCUGAAGAAGUUCAGAAAGAUAGCAGCUGGAGACCGCCUCCGGGGACAAUACCAGGGUCUCAGUCAGGAUCCUAACAGUCUGUCUAACCUUGAUCAGGAUUUGCCCAACAACAUGAUCCACCAGGUGCCAAUCAAAUCGCUGCCACAGGAGUGGCUUUGGUGUGAAACAUGGUGUGAUGACUCCUCAAAGAAGAGAGCAAAAACCAUUGAUUUGUGUAAUAACCCAAUGACCAAAGAGCCCAAGCUGCAGGCAGCAAUGCGUAUUGUUCCAGAGUGGCAGGACUAUGAUCAAGAAAUCAAACAGCUCCAUAACCUUUUCCAGAAAGAAAAAGAAACAGGAACACCAGCUCAGACGUCAGGACAACACACACAAGAUGCAGCAGCACAUGUGGAAUUAUGAUCCAUGGAGAAGAAUUCAAGUUAGACUGUUUCAUAGACAAUUUUUAUAUUGAAAGCUAGGUUUUUUUUUUGUUGGUUUUUUUUCCGGUAUGUCUGCAAAACUGCUGAAUAAUUGAAUGGGAUGAUGUAUGCAUUUUUAUUACUUGCCUUUGGGUUAAUUUCUGCAUAUGAAAUAAGAUCUGGAUUGCUGGAAUUAGCAUUACCGUUCUUUUGCACCUGUGGUGGAGAUGAAAGAGCCUGUGAUGGAAUUCAGCAUUUUGGAAACAAAACUUCAAUAUCCACUGGAAAACUUCAGCUGUUGCUGCCUCCACCACUGAUGAAGAUCCUGUGUUAAGCCUCAGAUCUUACUUGAGAGCCUGGAAAAUGCAGCCCGGUGAGCUGUUGGCUAGAAUGUAAGUCCUAGCCCCUACUGGUGGAGUUAAUUUUUCCAGGUGAUUUUAAAAGGCUCCGAAUUUUGCUUUCAAUUGGGAUGUUGUUUCAUCAGCAAGUUUUCAGUCAACAGUUCUCCUCGGGUUGAUUCAGGAUGCCCUUGAUUUUUUUUUUUUUAUUUUUUUUAAUCAAAUCCAGCAUUAUUUCAUCUCUGUUUCCUGUCUUCAUUUGUCACCCAACUUUUGACAAUUUGACUUCAUGUAAAUCUGCCACAGUCUGUGUAAAUGCCCGUCCCAAGUACAAAUGCCUACAAAGGGAGCAGAACGUUGGAUCUGACUGUUCCAUUCCUCGCAGCCCAUCUGACUGGAAAUAAAAGUGCCCUCCUGCCUUCUUUGCUCAAAGCUCAAGUCCAUCUGCAAUGCUGGUAGGGCCUCACCAUUGCUGUGGUUCACUGAUUCAUGAAUGUGUUUUUGUUUGUAGAAGAAUCUUUGGAAGCUUGGAAGCUUUUCAUCACGUACAUUUCAUUAACUUUAUUUUUCUUCAAACACAGAUGUUGUCACAUGAAUAAUAAACUUUGGAGUUCUUCGAUGUUAAGCUUUAGUUCACAUUCAGUCUUUUCAUCAUCCUAUUUUCUCACAUAUUACUCCAAAUUUGAUUUUGGAACUUUUGAAUAUUUGAGUUGCAUUUGUUUUCCUUUAACCCACUGACAAGAAAACAUUUUGCUCCAAGGAUGAGUUGCCCUGAGCUGAUUGGUUUUGUUGUUUUCUUUUUUUCGUAAUUCAUAUUCAUGUGUUAAUUUUUAAAGAUGCUGCAGCAGUCAUAUGAACUUAAAAAUCCUCAAACCCUCCUUCCCUCAUUCUGUAGGAUUAUUGUCUGCUCCCUGGAACACAGAGACUUGGAAGAGUUGAAAUACAGGAACCCAACUGGUAUUUCUGUGUUGAAGUGAAAGGUAGCUCUGUAUGCACUGCUUCUUUAGAGAUCCAGGUUGGGAUUGUUUCUGCCUCCUGUUUUUCUUAUACAGAUUUUCUGUGCUAUAAGAAAUUCCCCCUAAAGAGAAUCCUGACUUAGAUAUUUGUCUAGAAAUAUUGUUUUAUACAUCAUGUAAAUGUCCUGGGGGAUUCUAAAAGACAUCAGUUGUAGAAUUCAAACUGUUCUCCAGGGCAGUGCCCAAGUCUCUAACCCAGAUUCUUAGAGAACGUGGUAAAAAGAAACAGCAACGCUCCCGUAAAUUUGCAGUGCUGGCACUGAUGCCAAAGUGAGUAAAUGAAUCAGCAGCACUGUGCCCACACUGCUAGUGGGUGCCAGAAUAGGUGACUGCAGAAAGGCAGAGGAAAGGCCAAUCUCCCCUCUGCCUAGGGAAAACAGUGCAGAUGUGAGGGGCUGGAUAUCAAGCCCUGAGCUUACUGAGCAUGAGUUUUCAGCUUAGGUAUUUCCCCUUUUGUGAGGUUUUCAGUUCAAAUGGUCUCCCUGAUGGUUUGUAGCUUACAAAUGCUUUAUGCUUGCUGUCAAACUGUUCCAGGUGAGGCUAAGCAGACUUACCCUAGGAGGAUUUUUUUCUAGUGUAAAGACCAAUGAUGUGCCUGCCAACAAAUUGAAGUUAGUUAUUAGAUAUUAUGUUGGUCUUUUUUAAUCAGAUAAAGUAACACUGGUAAUGUUCACCUUUCUGUGUAACUGCACCUCUGCCCCUUUUGGAGCCCAUGGAAUGGCACACAAUGGAGGGUAACAGCUGUGCUCCACUUUUAUCCAGGGCUGCCCUGGGGCAGCAAAGGAGGCGUGCUUAGGGCUGAUAGGAUGGGGGUGCAGGAAGAGUCUGUCCCAUCAGAACAAGAAAACUACAGUUUGCUGUGAAAUAAGACCUCCUCCUAUCAAAAAACCAUAUUUGACUUCGCUUUUUUCAAAUGUUAUUUGAAGCCAGAAGAUGGAGAAUAAGGUAACUUGCUGAAAUUCAAUUUACAGUACCUUCUUUGGAGCUGGAUAGGAAGGAAGGAUUUUUUAAAAUUCAGUGUAAGUUACAGAAUUAUUUUUUUAAUUAUGCUCCUCCAUUGUUAAUAGUUAAUGUAUGCACUUGAACACACACACCACUAUUUGUUUUUUUCUUUUUAAUUAUCAACCAAGCUAUGGAGAAUGUUGGUUGUUUUUUCCUUCUUUAACACAGACCACGUUCUUCUGUUCAGAUCUUAUUAAAAAACAUAUAAACCAUUUGGAAGGGAGAGGAACCAGAAGCACACGUAUGGUGAGAUCUCCUACCUUUUGCAGUACUCCUAAGAGUGCUGUACUUAUUCAUAAGUACACAAUAAAAUCCUCCCAGCACCAGGCAUUCAGAAUGUGAAGUACUGCAGGUGGUUGUGGGAAGCCACUCUUAGCACAUGAGAAUGACACUGAGGAGGAUACUUAUGGUUUGGAUCUGUGCAUGUGCUUGCUGGUAAAAAAGCAUCUUAUGCUGAGAUGAUGACUGAGACAGAGCUGCUUCUGACUGUGCCUGUUCCUGGAAAUGAGUAAGAAAAAUGAUGAGAAAAAUAGAAAAUUGGAAUGAAUGUGGUUACAGUGUAAUUUUGGAUCCUCAGUCUAGAAAGGGAACUUCUGUGGCAAGGCAGUGCUGCUGUUCCCAGUCUCUCACUGUCACACGUUUGUCCUUUUGAUAAAAAGUUGAUGCUUAAAAGAAUAUGUUAUUUUGAAAGGAAGAUUAUUUUUUUUUUUGGCCUGGGUAGGAAACAGAUAAUAGCACAUAAGUGCUGAAGAAUGUUGUAGAGAUAGCUCUUCCAUAGACUUGUUGUAAAACAAGGAAGUGAAAGGGGGAUGUACAAAAGAAAAGAAGUAACAAUCCAGUCAUGGUUUUGGAAAUCAAAAUCUGUUCAAGAAUGUGCCACAGCUCUGUGGCACUGAUACCUAAUGAGCCUGGAUCCAGGGAGUUACUCAUUCCUGCAUAUUACCUGAGAUCACAGCAAUUUUCCCAGUAUGGUGACAACAAUAAGAUGAUGUCUCAUAUAAUAAAAUCUUUCUGUUCUUUA